AAGCGACCAAAAAGUGGAGGUGCAGCUUUAAAGGCGUCUGCAAGUAUGAGUAGUAUUCCACUACGUGCUACGACUUGUGGAGGUCGUGAUGCAGUAGAGCAAGAGACAACAUCAUCAACCUCAAUGUCAUCGAAGCCUAAAAAUCGCUCUACUCAGUGGGCAAGAGCACAGCCGCGCUUCGAAGACGUGAAAACGAAUCAGCACGCGUCCGAGGAAGACGAGCUAGCGCGCGAAUUAGGUCUCUCUUCUGCCUCUUCGUCCGAACAGGAGAAACGUGAGCCUCACUUCAGCACUCUUGGUGAGCGCGUGAGGGCUAAGAAUCAACAGGCGGAUGCGUGUUUCUCGGAAGCUAUCAGUUUACGGCAAGACAUCAGGAGGAGUAAAACUGUUUCUCGAGUUUGGUCAAUAGAGGAUGAAGUAGCAGACCACGAGAGAAGUUAGUUACACUUGAAAACCACCGCGACCAGAACAACAAUUCCAGUAUAUAUAGGUUGUUCAAUAAAUAAUCAUGUCUUCUUAAUCGAGAAGUUAUCAAUGUCGUGGUCUAAUAUCAGCACUGCAACGUCAAGCGAGUAGCGCGAGCAGCAAAAACGCCGAUCUGGAGCUUAAACUGGAAAGGCGGCAAUGGGAGUUGAAUCGCACGGCUGAGCGCGCGAUUGAUGCACAUCACAACUGAGGUAAUAGAUUUACGGAAAUUUUCGCUGCGAAAAUUUCUGACUGUUGAAGUCGAACUAUGCAAGAACUAUCUAACAAAGAACUUUCAAUCAAUCAAAAUGCUUAGUUAUAAACCAAUCAAUCAAUGUACCUGUUUGACAUUACAGAACAAGACAGGCAGACAGUCAAUUGUCAUGGUUCUCUCAAAAUUGUUGACUAAGAACAUGCAUUUAAGUAUGUGGAAUAGCUGAACUUCGUACCGUGUGAUUCAAAACGUAUUAAUAAUAUCCGCAUGCAAAACAGAAGUAUUCAAAAACGUAUCAAUAUCUGCAAUCCAAUGAACUAAAAAAGUCCGCAAAGGAGAAGGAGGUAUAAGAGAAAUUAAUAAAUUUUCUUGCUAUUUAUAUCGCGACAAGUUACCACUCUAUUAUCGAAAGCUACCGCAUCUAAAAAUGCACAAACAAGUAAAACAGUGAAAUAAUUGCAAACUUCAACAAUGAAUAGGUUACAAGAAGAUUAUAUAGUGAUGUAGACGCCUAUGUAUUUGUAUAAUCAGAACAAAAUAAACAGUGAAAUUGCAAACGAAUAAUACUAGCUGAAUCUGAGACUAAUCCAAAAGAUUGUUGUUUGAUAGAGUAGCUUACCGAUCGAAAAUUAUUGUUUGAUAGAGUAGUUUACAUUUCAUCUUCCACAAAGAAGGUGUUGAAAGAACGCAUAAAAGAUUUUACCGAUGUCAUAGAGAGGCGUCUAUGAAAAUCAUAGGAUUUGUGUGCAAGUAGAGUACUUGCGUGAAGAAGGUAGUCCGAUACAUCUGCAUGGACAUUUGAUGUGCAUGUGAUCUAUUAGGAUCCAGAUAAUAUACGUUAUCCACAUUCUUGCUCAACACUUGUAGACGACCCUCUACAUCAUGUUACUGAUAUUAUAUUUCACACUAGCUAACUCUAAGAAACAUAAGAAAAGGAAUAGUGGUUUGCUUGAACAAAUUAUUGGAGUGCUGUCGAUAUGCUGUCAAGACGACACGCAGACGUGUAAUGUCGUAAAUUGGAAAGUCUAAGGAAAAUAUACGUAAAAGAGUUUGGUAGUUGAUAGUUGCUGUAUAGAAAAUAUUGUGAAUAGAUACCUUGGUUGGGUAUCUAUGCAGCUUUAACCUUAAGCAUGCUAUUAUCUUGGAGGUCUGUGUUGAAUUUCGAUACCACGCAUCCCUGAUGAAGAUGUGCUAUCGUGUCGCACAAGGAGUGAAAGAAAUCUUCUGCUACAGGAAAGGAUGAUUGAAGUUUAAGCUGCAAAAAUGAACAUUGACCAGAAUUGACGUAGACGAUAAAGGUGUCUAGGUAGAUGCGGGAGGCUAU